ACGCCCAUCCUCGCCGCUCUCCUCCCUCCACGCCCGGCACCGCCAGCCUAGCUCCGGCUCCGGUUCCCUUCUCCCUCUACCUUCGCAGGUGACUGUAAGGACAUGUCUCGGGAGCUGCAGGACGUGGACCUGGCCGAGGUGAAGCCUUUGGUGGAGAAAGGCGAGACCAUCACCGGCCUCCUGCAAGAGUUUGAUGUUCAGGAGCAGGACAUCGAGACUUUGCAUGGCUCCAUCCACGUCACGCUGUGCGGGACCCCCAAGGGAAGCCGGCCUGUCAUCCUCACCUACCACGACAUUGGCAUGAACCACAAAACCUGCUACAACCCCCUCUUCAACUCCGAGGACAUGCAGGAGAUCACCCAGCACUUUGCCGUCUGCCACGUGGACGCCCCUGGGCAGCAGGAUGGUGCUGCAUCCUUCCCCGUGGGGUACAUGUACCCCUCCAUGGACCAACUGGCCGAGAUGCUGCCCGGAGUCCUUCACCAGUUUGGGGUGAAAAGCGUCAUUGGCAUGGGAACUGGGGCUGGCGCCUACAUCCUCACUCGGUUUGCUCUGAACAACCCCGAGAUGGUGGAGGGCCUGGUCCUCAUCAACGUGAACCCUUGUGCGGAAGGCUGGAUGGACUGGGCAGCCUCCAAGAUCUCCGGGUGGACCCAAGCCCUUCCAGACAUGGUGGUGUCCCACCUCUUUGGGAAGGAGGAAAUGCAGAGCAACGUGGAGGUUGUCCACACCUACCGCCAGCACAUCAUUAACGACAUGAACCCUGGCAACCUGCACCUGUUCAUCAACGCCUACAACAGCCGUCGGGACCUGGAGAUUGAGCGACCCAUGCCAGGAGUGCACACAGUUACCCUGCAGUGUCCUGUUUUGUUGGUGGUUGGGGACAGUUCUCCUGCUGUGGAUGCUGUGGUGGAGUGCAACUCAAAAUUGGACCCAACGAAGACCACUCUCCUCAAGAUGGCGGACUGUGGUGGCCUCCCGCAGAUCUCCCAGCCAGCCAAGCUUGCUGAGGCCUUCAAGUACUUCGUGCAGGGCAUGGGAUACAUGCCCUCUGCCAGCAUGACCCGCCUGAUGCGGUCCCGCACGGCCUCGGGCUCCAGUGUCACAUCCCUUGAGGGUGCCCGCAGCCGCUCGCACACCAGCGAGGGCACCCGCAGCCGCUCCCACACCAACGAGGGCACCCGCAGCCGCUCCCACACCAGCGAGGGCGCCCGCCUGGACAUCACCCCCAACUCUGGUGCCACUGGGAACAGCGCCGGGCCCAAGUCCAUGGAGGUGUCCUGCUAGGCGGCCUGCAUGGACAGCCGCCCCUGGACUGUGGGUUCACUGUAGCUCCCCCCUCCUCCACCCCUUCCCGCCCCCUGCCUGCCACACCUCACGUAACUCGGUAUUAAUCCAAAGCUUAUUUUGAAAGAGUGAGCUCUGGUGAUGACAAUGUUAGAUGGGAUUUGUCCAGGGCACCCCUUCCCAGGGCCAGGCAGGGUGCACCAAAGGAAAAGCUGCAUCUCAGUGUCCCGUUUGCAUUACCGAGUGGCCCGGUGGUCACUGUCUUCCCCUCCCUCAGAGACGCCCAGCUGCCCGAAACAAGAAACAGAGCAGUAAAAGCUUCAUGAAUCCAAGCCUGGGUCGACCUGGACACCUGGUUCUAAGGGGCAUUUGUCAGGAGUCCAGCCCACCCGCUCUGUUUCCCCUCCAGCUAACGACAAACCGACCCAGUUUCUGGAAACAAAACCCUCUCUGGUUUGGGGAGGAGAGCGGCGAAUCGAGGGCUGCUCAUUGAGGCGAAACAGGAAGCGGGAAAAGAGGUGGAAUUUACGUGGAGGUUUGAAGAGUUUGGAAAAGUAAAUCUACGUAGUUAACUUGACAUAGAUUUUUAAAGUUUAUGCACAUAUACACUUUUAAAUGCCAAAGCAUACAAGCCUGCUUUUCUGACAUUUUUUUUAAUGAACACAGAAGCAGGCAAUAAAACCUCCUGGCUUUGCAACAACAACCACCACCAGUGGGCAAGCAUUUGGUAUCAUGGGUGUAAGGCUUUGGCUCUGCUCUCUGCCUGUUCCCCCUCAGCCCCUGCUUCCACCCCAAAUACAUGACGAGCGGUUAUUUCAUUCAUGGGGAAGGUCCUCUAAACACGUGGUUGCUUUCCUUCAGGAGGGGACCUUCCGAGCAGCUGCAGCUGGUUGCCAUGCCUCUCCGUGCAGUGGGCAGAGGUGCUGGGGUAGGGUGGGGUUUGGGUACUAGAUGUAAGUAAGAGAUCCCUUGUGGUCGUGAUGGAAUCCAGUGUAGUUGUGAUUUCAGUUGAUCCCACCCUGGUUUCCAGGAUUCUUAUGCGAUUGAGUUAAACCUUUGACAACUGGGGUUGCAUCUGAGCUUGACGGCCCAAGGUUUCUGAUCUAGUGACAUUCCUGGGUCUUCAGACAGACCUCUUUGCUUUUGUACCAGGUCGGGGUUCAGCUGGGGAGUGGUGGCUGAGCAGACGUAAAGGUUCUAGAAUGUGCAUUCCAUGGGAUUUCCUUCCCUCUCCUGCCUCCCACUCCUCCCGCCCCUCUAACCUCCUUCCUCUGGACGGGGCGGCACCACUGACAUUUUUAGGUGACGUCAAGUUCCUGUACUACUACUGCCUUUUGAUUUUCGUUUCGGCUAACCAUGGAUCUUACAGAAAGUUUGAUCAGAGUGAAUGGGACGUUGUGAAACAGCCCCUGGGACCUCGUGGUUUCCGGGACCCUAGAGUUGAUGGAAUGACGUCAUCAAGCCUUGCAGGUAGCUUGAGGGAUGUUGAUUCAGUUCACCUGCCACCUACCACCUGGGAGGCUUCCCCGACCUUGUGUGGAGGGUCAGGGGUCAGGGCAGGGGUGGCUGAAUCCAGACAGAAAACUGUUGUGUACAAGUCUUUCCAGAGGAGUUUCUUAAUGAGAUAUUUGUAUUUAUUUCCAGACCAAUAAAUUUGUAACUUUGCA